AUUCGGAGAUUUCGGACCGUUACGUUUCGUGUGUUCAUAUAAUUCCUGUGUUUUCUUUAUUUCCACGACUUGGCUUCAUUUUGGGACUUUCUUCUUCUUUUAAACAUUCUUAACUACCUGGCGCUGCAUUUGAACCCCGAUCGAUUGCAAAACUGAUAACUUUGGCUAAAAACCUCACGGAUCUUUGAAUUGCUUUGUGAUUAGAUUUUGUUUGUUGAAAAUCAUGCCGAGAUUGGAAUGGAAGGUUAUUUUGGAUGCUUGGUUGACGGUCCAUUACACCGUUUCCCCCAGUGGGAAGACUUUAAGGAAGAAAGAUUUAAUAAGUGGAAAUCCGUUCUAGAUCCAAUAAUCCAAGCAAAGGGGAAUGAAUACAUAUAUAACAACAUAAGAUUAUGCUAUCGUCAUUUUGACUGGGAAUGCUACUCCAAUAUUAAAUAUUGCUGGAUCACAAAUGUUUUUUGGAGAACCAUCCACAUCAGGAUUACAAGCUUCAAAAGAAAAGAUGCACAAUUUGAAUCCAUAUGGAGUGAAUGUUCUACCAAAAGAAUGUGCGGACACUGCUGACAUUUUGUAACUCUGACAGAUUUGAUUGAUUAAUUCAUUUAAUGAUCAUUCUUAUCAAGAAGAAGCAAAAAUAUAUAAAAGAUGCGUGAAACAAAACUCCCCACAUUUCAAUUUGUGGAAUGAUUGCUUGCGAAGGUGAUGACAGAAAUAAAAAUUAGUGAUUCAUUAUUGCAUGUAGAAUCGAAAAAAUAUGUAACGGGUUUUGUAAUUAAAAAAGCGAAAACAAGAAUUUUCAAAAAUUGUAAAACUUGCUUAAAUGAUUUAUGUAGAGGUGAAGUUGAUCCACAAUCAUUUAUUUAUGAGUUUGAUUAUACAAAAAAAUCACUUUUUUUAUCCAAAUGACAUUUUUUUAAUUUUGAUGGAGGAAGUAUAUUUUAUUAUAGUUGCAUGUUUAAGAGAAAAUCCUGUUUCGAGUAUGUUAAAAACAAAAUUAAAAUUUUUCAUUGGAUGUGUCUGUGAUUUUAAUAUUUUAACUUGUAAGGAACAUAGGUUUGAUUUGAGAGAUUUUAUAUGUAAUAUAUUAAUUAAUUUGAUUGUACAUAGUUGGUGUGCGGGAGUUAAUCCAAUAUUAAAUGGAAAAUGUUCUCUUUUUGAUAAGAAUGAUCAAAUAAAACAGCAAGCUUUUGAUUUUUAUUAUAGA